UCCCUGGGUUUGGUUGACCAAGGCUCAACUCUUCACCUACCGAUUCAGCCAGAUCCCACUCUAGUAAGGAGACCGCUGUGUGGACGUCUGCGCGUCUGCUGUCUGGAGGCAGUGGAUGAUAAGGCCUCCGAAGCCGAGCUCUACUCCAGGAAGUGAAAAUGUGCUGCCCCGAGAGCCGCUGAUUGCCACGGCAGUGAAGUUUCUGCAGAAUUCCCGGGUGCGCCAGAGCCCACUUGCGACCAGGAGAGCGUUCCUUAAGAAGAAAGGGCUGACAGAUGAAGAGAUCGAUCUGGCUUUCCAGCAGUCGGGCACUGCUGUCGAUGAGCCUUCGUCCUUGAGCCCAGCCACACAGGUGGUUCCUGUGCAACCCCCUCACCUCAUUUCUCAGCCAUACAGCCCUGCAGGCUCCCGAUGGCGAGAUUACGGCGCCUUGGCCAUCAUCAUGGCAGGGAUUGCAUUUGGCUUUCACCAGCUCUACAAGAAAUACCUGCUCCCCCUCAUCCUGGGCGGCCGAGAGGACAGGAAACAGCUGGAGAGGAUGGAGGCCAGUCUCUCUGAGCUGAGUGGCAGCGUGGCCCAGACAGUGACUCAAUUGCAGACCACCCUUGCCUCUGUCCAGGAGCUGCUCAUUCAGCAGCAGCAGAAGGUCCAGGAGCUUGCCCAUGAACUUGCCGCUGCCAAGGCCACCACAUCGACCAACUGGAUCCUGGAGUCCCAGAAUAUCAAUGAACUCAAGUCGGAAAUUAACUCCUUGAAAGGGCUGCUUCUAAAUCGGAGGCAGUUUCCCCCAUCUCCGUCGGCCCCGAAGAUCCCCUCCUGGCAGAUCCCGGUCAAGUCGCCGUCACCCUCCAGCCCCGCGGCCGUGAACCACCACAGCAGCAGCGACAUCUCACCCGUCAGCAACGAAUCCACGUCGUCCUCUCCCGGGAAGGAGGGCCACAGCCCCGAGGGCUCCACAGUGACGUACCACCUUCUGGGCCCCCAGGAGGAAGGCGAGGGGGUGGUGGACGUCAAGGGCCAGGUGAGGAUGGAGGUGCAGGGCGAGGAGGAGAAAAGGGAGGACAAGGAGGAUGAGGAGGAUGAGGAGGACGACGACGUGAGCCAUGUGGACGAAGAGGACUGCCUGGGGGUGCAGCGGGAGGACCGCCGGGGCGGCGACGGGCAGAUCAAUGAGCAGGUGGAGAAGCUGAGGCGGCCCGAGGGUGCCAGCAACGAGAAUGAGCGGGACUAGGGCGCCCGGCCCCCUGUGCGCAGCGACCCUGUGUGGGCUCGUGGCCGCGGCCCUGGGGGCAGCCAGGAGCCAGGUAGGGGACGAGACGAUCCUCAGCUGCCCUGCGGCCACAUGGGAGUCAUGUUCCUGUCCACCUGACCUCCUCUCAUCCGGCUGCCAGCCCCUGCCCUGGCGGCCUUUGACCUUGACCUCAAGUCAGGCUGAUGGCACCGAAGUCUCCAGGCUUGAGGCCGCCCAGCCUCCUCUCCCGGGCAGAGGUCUUGCUAGGGUGUGUUUGCUGAGUGUCUUGACUACCGUGACACCGCGCAUGGCCAGAGCUCGAGCCUUCACCUGCCUCCCAGCUCCUCACGGAGGAGCAGCUGUGGUCCCUCCACCCCUGGCCCAGCCCUGGACCCCUUGGGCCCCUCCCCCAGCCCCACCUGCUCCGCUGUCCUCCCAGACAAAUGAAACUGCACCGUGCUUCCAACCGCCUCGCUUGCUGUGUAACGGCCCCGCCCACCCGUGGCGAGACGCAACACUGUCUCCCACGAGCGGCUGGGCCUCAGGCCGCGUGACCAGCAGCCGCCUCAUCCUUCCCGCCAGGAAACACGUGUCCGUUCGUGUGAUCAUGUAUAGAUUCCAGAAUAUAAGAUAGGACUGUAUAUAAUUGUAAUAAAUACGCGUUGCCACUAUUUAA